CCUAUUGCUCGCCGACGCAGCGCCGCGUUCGCUCAUUCGUCGCGCGCUCCUCGUGGACGGUGUCUUCCUCGUCAUCCCGUCCUCUUCAUCGUUGCCGUCGUCGCCGACCAUCUUCGUCAACGAGACGGACCGUAUCAUUUCGACUCGGCUCUCCGAAGGGACGAGAAGCAACGAGAAGAGAGUAUCCCCGGAUCCGGAAUAGAAAAUUCCGAUCAACAUGAGGAGCUUCGUCGGCGAAUUUUGUUUCGCGGUGCUUUGCCUCACCGCGAUUUGUCUCGCCAAAGUCGAGGUCGAGGAUGGCGUCCUGGUGGUCACCAAGGACAACUUUGACAGCGUCAUCCAGGACAACGAGUUCGUGCUCCUCGAAUUUUAUGCUCCAUGGUGUGGACACUGCAAAGCUUUAGCACCUGAAUAUGCUAAAGCGGCAAAGAAACUCGAAGACAUGAAAUCAACGAUUAAAUUAGCCAAGGUAGAUGCAACGAUCGAGACGCAACUCGCCGAACAGCACAAAGUGGGAGGAUAUCCUACUAUCAAAUUUUAUCGUAAAGGAAACCUGAUGGAAUACACCGGUGCCCGUAAAGCUGAUGACAUUGUUAACUGGCUGCUCAAGAAGACUGGUCCACCUGCCAAAGAUUUGCCGACAGUCGACGAGGCAAAAGCAUUUAUCGAAACACAUAAUGUCGUUGUUGUCGGAUUCUUUAAGGACGUGACAAGUGAUGCUGCUAAAGUAUUCUUGGACGUUGCCAUUGUAGGUGAUCAUGUGUUUGGUAUUACUAGCGCCGAUGAAGUAUUCAAGGAAUAUGAGAUUGAAGAUGAAAAGAUUGUAUUGUUCAAGAAGUUUGACGAAGAAAAGACCGUCUAUGAUAAAGAAAUUACCAUUAAAGAUGUACAAAGCUUUAUUUCUAUACAUUCGUUACCUCUGGUUGUUGAAUUUAAUCAAGACACAGCGCAGAAGAUUUUCAGUGGAGACAUCAAGAGCCACUUGCUAGUUUUUCUCAGCAAGCAAGCUGGCCAUUUUGAAAAAUACAUCGAUGAAAUUCAAGAGCCGGCGAAAAAAUACCGCGGCGAGGUCCUGUUUGUGACGAUCGAUUGUGAUGAGGCUGAUCACGAACGCAUUCUCGAGUUCUUCGGUUUGAAGAAGGACAAUAUACCGACUAUGCGGAUCAUUAAGCUCGAACAAGACAUGGCAAAAUAUAAAUCCGAAAAUCCAGAGAUAUCUGCCGAAAAUAUUCUAGAAUUUGUCACUGCUUUCGUAGAUGGCAAAUUGAAGCGGCAUCUGCUUACGCAGGAUCUGCCUGAGGAUUGGGACAAGAACCCGGUUAAGGUCCUCGUCGGCACAAACUUCCAUGAAAUUGCCUUUGACAAGGAGAAGGACGUUUUCGUUGAAUUUUACGCACCUUGGUGUGGUCAUUGUCAGCAACUCGCGCCCAUUUACGAGCAACUUGGUGAGAAAUAUAAGGACAAGGACAAACUAGUCAUCGCCAAAAUGGAUAUCACCGCUAAUGAAUUGGAAGAUAUAAAGAUCAUGAAUUACCCUACGCUCAUACUAUAUAAGAAAGAGACGAAUCAGGCUGUAGAAUAUGACGGCGAGAGGACGCUCGAAAAUCUUUCCAAAUUUAUCGAAACCAACGGAGAAUAUGGUCGAGCGGAAGAGAUUGAAGAACAAGACGAAGAUGAUGACGUGCCAAGGAAGGACGAGUUGUAAACGCACAUAAUCAUUAUUAUAAGAAGUAAAAUCAACAUUAACUCGUCUCUUAUAUUUCCUGCAUCCAAUCAAUGAACUCCAUAAUUUUUCCCGCUUUACAACAAAAUAUUUCAUUUACUACGACGAUAAUUUUCAGUGGUGCAUUCUCGCACACUUAUUUUAGGAAUUUAAGUUAACGUAAAUGUGUACAAUUUAUAUAAUUAGAAAAUUAUAUAUUUACAGUUUCACACAGGGAGUUAUUGUCACAAUCUCGAGUUUAAAUGUCGAAAUGCACAGAGACAUUUUAAUUGGUAAAAAAUUUCAAUUAAAAAGUUUCAGUUAGUAAAAAGUGAAUGUAAGCAGUAAAUUACAAAAGUCUAUGGAAUAUUUGAAGUAUUUAAAAUGCGUGCGAUAAGGAAAUAUGCAUGUCUAUAUAAUUAUGCCGUUUUGUUGACUCGAUCUUUGACGUGACUAUCUCUACCCUCUGGAAACUGACAACAUUUAUAUAGUUUCGCGUAUUUAUCUUUCUAUACACACGUUCUUAUGGAAGAGUGAAUCGUUGAUCUAAGAACAAAAUUUGAAAAAUCAUG